CGGAGAUGCCGGACCCUAUUGUAGGGCUGAAAUAUCCUAAUCAUCGAAUCCAACAUGUACAAGGUGCACCGUAUUAUGUGAAUUUAAAUAUUGAUGAAACUUGGCUACAUCAUGGAGAAAAAUGCUCAGGUUGUCAAAAAUGUUAUCUCGCCCAAUUACGUACUGUCAUCAGCCCAUUGUUUCAAGGAUUUCGAAAAAGCCACCAUACAAUUUACAAAUGGCAAGACUAAAACAAUAACCAAAGAUGAUGUAGUAUGCCAUGAAGCGUACGUCUUCAGUGAAAAGAAUGCUCAACAUGAUAUAAGUGUCAUAAAAGUUGAAGUUCCUUCAAUUGUGCAUGUUGGUUUGAAUUUUUUUAAACAUGGAAAAAAAUUAACGGCUGUUGGCCUUGAUAGAAGGCAAAGAUAUUCUUGGAAAUCUUUCCAGGACAGAAUCAUUAUGCUUAAUGCAAAAGAAAAAGCUUGCAAUGAGUAUAAUGUCCUUUGUAUUGAAAUUGAAGGAGGAUUUGCUUCUAGCUCUCACGGGGACUCAGGUGCUCCACUCAUUCAAGAUGGACGUGCCGUAGGCAUAUUAAGUAUGUCUCAUGAAGAGGAAGGAGAAAAUAUGGUAUUCUACACGGAUAUUCAACAAAAUGAAGGAUGGAUAAGAGCAAAAACUGAACGUUCAGUCCUAAUAGCUGGCAUAUGA